UUGGAGCAAGUACGCUGUACUUCAGAAACACGCCCACUUCAAGAUAACUUCUUGUGUACUGGCCUUUCAGCUAUAUAAGAGCGAUUCGUUCUUUCAAAAAGUAUCAAUUGAAGUGUAACUUCUACAGCAACAACUCAUUAAAAAUGUCAUUCAAACUUGUAGUCCUCUUCGCCGCCUUGGCUUACGCCAACGCUGGUUUCUUGGGAGCUCCAGCUGCUCUUUCCUACAGUGCCCCAGCUGUAUCCUACGCCGCUCCAGCUGUGGCUGCCGUCCAUGCUGCUCCAGUGGCUUCUUCCUAUUCCUACACUAACAGAAUCCAAUCCGCCCCUGUAGCUUAUGCCGCCCCUGCCAUCACUGCUGUCCAUGCUGCCCCAGCUAUCUCUUACGCCGCCCCUGCUGUUGCUGCUGUCCACGCUGCUCCAAUCGCUGUAGCUAAAGCGCUUCCCGCUGCCACUUCAUACGCUUACAACAACCAAAUCUCCCAGUCUGUAGCUGCUGUUCAUGCUGCCCCAGUAGCCACCUAUGCUGCUGCCCCAGUUGCCACCUAUGCAGCUGCUGCCCCAAUCGUUAAAUCUUACGCCACCACCUAUGCCGCAGCUCCAGCUAUCUCUUACUCUGCCCCAGCCUUGACUGCUGUCCACGCUGCUCCAGCUCUCUCCUAUGCCGCACCUUUGGCCCUCCAAAAAUACCACUAUUAAAUCAUUAAACGCAAAGAGUGAAAAAAGUUUUUGUGAAUAUUUUCUGUGUGAAAUGGGCUCAUUAUACUUUUUUCGUUUAUUUAUUUAUAUGUAGAUCAAUUGUUGAGAAUAAAUUGUAAAUACUG